AUGAUUUGUCCCGCCCCCCAUCAGACCGUGCCCCCACUCAUGUUGUCCUUGUUGAUCCUCCAGCGCAUGCUGCCUAGGCAGUUCAAGCUUAGGACUCUGCUCAAAUUGGCCGGGGUGGUGGUCUUCCUCUGGCUGGCCUUGAGUGCGUUGGUGCCUUCGUGGCAUGAUUUGGAGACGGUUGAACAUGUCAAGGCCAUCCAGCGACGACAGAAAUUCCCCACCCAGGGCCCGCUAGACAAGCUCAGCCGCAUUCUCAAGCCCAAUGAAAUUGUACCGGCCGUGACCAAACCCGCUCGAACGCUGCAUGAGCGACUCAAGCCCAAGUUAUCGGGAUCCAUUGGGCGGCCCCCGCCCCCGCGCCAGGACCUGUGGGAUGAUUUGGGCGUGGCUCGCAAUGAUGAAGAGAUUCAAGAGCGAGAGACGGGGUAUGCUACCUAUGCAUUUAACACCUUGGUGAGCCGCCGCAUUGGCUUGAGUCGAGAUAUCCCAGACACCCGACAUCGAGCUUGUCGUAAACUUGAAUACCCCAAGCCUGCCCACUUGCCCACCGCCUCGGUGAUUAUUUGCUAUUUUCACGAAGAAUACCACACCCUGCUCCGGACAGUCCACAGUGUUCUGGAUCGGUCACCCGCGAAAAACCUGCAGGAGAUCAUCUUGGUCAACGACCAGAGCGACAUCGACAUUGCCACCAAUCUCACCCAGCACUUCCAUCGAAACAAGCUGGAUCAUCUAGUACGGGUGAUAUCUUCGCCCGAGCGUCUGGGUCUGAUUCGUGCCCGCAUUUUCGGUGCCCGUCAGGCCACGGGUCAGGUACUGGUAUUCCUCGAUAGUCACGUGGAAGCCAAUCAAGGCUGGCUGGAGCCGCUAUUGAGCCGGAUCCACCAGAAUCGAUCUCACGUGGUCACGCCCAUCAUAGAUAUCAUCAACGCGGAUACCUUCAAGUACGAGUCCUCGCCCUUAGUUCGUGGGGGCUUCAAUUGGGGUCUGCACUUCAAAUGGGACUCGGUUACACGGGAUGAACUCCAGAAUGAAGAAGCCUUUGCUCAGCCCAUCAAAUCGCCCACCAUGGCGGGUGGACUCUUUGCCAUGGAUCGCAAAUUUUUCCACGAUCUGGGCGAAUACGAUCCGGGUCUAGACAUCUGGGGUGGAGAGAAUCUGGAGCUCUCGUUCCGCGUUUGGAUGUGCGGGGGUGCCUUGGAGAUCAUUCCGUGUUCUCGAGUAGGUCACGUGUUUCGCAAAAGACGUCCUUAUGGGGGGAAUGAAGCGGAUACGAUGAUUCGCAAUUCUCUUCGUGUGGCUCGGGUUUGGAUGGACGAUUACAUCGAGCAUUACUUCAAGAUCAACCCCGAUGCGCGAAAAGUGGAUUAUGGCGAUGUGUCGAGUCGACUAGAACUCAGAAAGAGCCUUCAAUGUAAAGAUUUCAAAUGGUACAUGGAUAAUGUUUAUCCUGAUCUCCGACCACCAUCAGAGGAUGAGGAUGAUGCGUUGGUGAAAGCGGAUCGCGUACGAUUUGAACCUUGGAACAAGCGGACUCGGCGAUACCUGAGAGCCUUUUGGAUCCGUUUGAGUGGAACUCGGUUUUGCGUUCGAAGUGCGGGCGAAGCUUCGGUGAAGAAAUCGUUAUUGGUACUUGGACCUUGCAUGAGGAACAAAGAGUACCUUUGGUACGAGACCGAUAAGCAAGAGGUCAUCUUGGCUCAGCUGUUGUGUUUGGAUGCGGAAGGCAAGGACCGACGACCGAAAUUGAUGAAAUGCCACGAACUUCGAGGACACCAGGAAUGGAAGUUCCGAUCCGCCGAGGCCUCGGCCAUUUACAACAUGGCUGCUGGUUUAUGUCUGACUGCCAAGGAGAAGAAAAUGGGUGGAAAAGUGAUAUUGGACGUGUGCUCGGACGGUGACAGUCACAUGUGGGAUUUGUCCGAAAUCGAGCAAGAGCUCUAAAAGCCUACUCCGAGCAUUUGGCUUUAGUUCGCUUUCCAAGUUAUCCCUCGAUAAAAAUCAAGCACGCCUAGAAGCAGUACCCCCCCCGGCCCCCCCC